UGAUUGUUCUUUUUCAGCUAGGAUGACCACAUAAUGGUCCAUAUUUAAAAUACACAAAUGCGGGACAACGGAAUGUUUUUGCGGGGCAGUGCAGCCUACAUGAAUACAUGUUUCUGGCAGACAGUUCGAAAUGUCAAUUAUCAUCAAAUGAAAAGGAAGUCUGACUGAAAUAUGCAACAAAUCUAACUUUUGGGGUAAAUUAGUGGUGUUUUAAUUUGUUGAUAAAAUACGGGACAGCAGACAAAUGGCCAACAUUUGGGACUGUCCCGUAUUCUGGAACAUGUGGUCACCCUAAUUCCACAUGUCAUUGGUUGGGCGCGCGCGGGGAGAAAGGAGGACAGACCUUUUUGCCUUAUCUCAACAUCACUUCAAGGGUUUAUUUUCUUUAAACGGAUUGCCUCUCUCGGUGUUGUUACUUAAAUAAGACAACUUUUUCAACUCAAGAGUAGCGCCAUACACGACGGGAUAUUUUACUGUCAGAUUUAAACGUUUCAAUAAAAGAUGGAUUUGAGGAGUUUAUUAGGUCUACCAGCUGUUCUGCUACUCUUCGGUUUGGUCGCUGCGUUCGCGCAAACUGCCGCACCAAGGAUAGUGUGUGAGACUAAGAAUGGAACAAGCUGUGAGGAAUGUCUAACGAUUGUGACGUGCCUGUGGUGUCAGAAGACUAAGAUGUGUAUCACGUACCCAGUCAACACCAUCCUCCCCCCGCACGCCCUCUGCCCCCUCAACGAUGCACGCUGGGGACGCUGCUGGGUAAAUUUCCAGUCCUUGAUCAUCGCCAUGGCAGUGGUGGGUGGAGUCAUUAUCAUCGCCUUCCUGGUCUGCCUCUUCUGCUGCUGCAAGUGUGAACACAUCGGGUCUACGAGGUUCGAUGCCAAGAUGGAGAGACGGACAAAUAAGAUGAAGGGAAAGCAGGAAGAGAGAAAGGCAGAGAUGAAGAUGAGGCAUGAAGAAAUCAGAACGAAAUAUGGUCUCAGUGGGUCCAACCCGUACUCCAAAUUCUCUUGAGCUGAUAUUUGAACACUGUACUAUCAACUGCCUGCCUUCUCUUAACCUUAUCGACUGUUCUAUGCUCAGCUUACCCUCCCCUAAACCAUUAAUCAUAAAAAGUCUUAGAGGUGUUUUAAAGGUUUUGUAUAAUUUCAGAAAGUAGUUUUGAAUGUAGAUCUCACAAGCCAAAACGGGUCGCCAAAUAUUGUGCACAAUUGUGUACAACAUCACUUAUUUCGUAUAUGUUACGUCCUGCAAAAAAUAUAUAGAAUAAUAAUUUCCUGCAAUUCGUAUGAUGUUACGAAUUCCAAUUCGUACAAUAUGUUACAAAUUUGUAAGUGCUUAAGAUCCCGUUCAAUCUCUUUAACCGUUUGAGGAGAAUACAUGAAACUGACCUUAGAUCAAAGUUCUGGGACAACCUGUUAUACAACAUUAUCUGCCCAUGUAACAUGAACAAAGUAUUCAAUGAAUGCUUAGCUAGAACAAGUUCUACGCUGCUUGGUGAGUGGUGCAGUGCAGAACAUGUCUUGCAGUGCAGCCUAUGUGAGAGCAGUGGAAAGGUGCAGUAGCCUUAGAAACGUACCUUAUUUAUACCAAUCUUCCUUCUGUGACUACUACUGUAUUAUAAACCCAUGAUGGUAUUUGAGGGUUACUACUUGGUUAUAGGAGAUCUUGCCUAUGCUCUACUUGAUUGAGAAGAUGCACUCUAGAAAAGUUGACCUGUUCUAUGUUGACCUUUUCUAUGAAUAUUUAUCUUAUGGUGAUCUAUCGGAAAUGUGUCCAGUAAUCCAUCAAACAAUAAACUUGUUUAGAUGUAUUGUUAUUCUAAUUUAAACCAGAAUUGUACUUAAUGAUGCACUAUGCAGAAAUCCCUCUGCCAUUUCCUGCUUGCUAAAAUUCUAAUAGUUCAUCUAAUUUCAGUUUGUGACAAAACAAGCAAGUAUAGUUUUGAGAAUCAUUGUACCAUCUAAACAGCUGUGGAAUAUGUUUUCCAUAUGCUAAGCAUAGAAAUAAUGCACAUACAACAGGUCUGCCGCUUCUUAGACUUGCUUUCAAAGAGGGUGACAGAUCUAUAACUCACAUUUCUAUGUGAAUUUGGUCUGGUCGCCCAAAAAGUUACAUAUUGCAGCUUUAAAUAGGAGGGUAUUCAGAAGAGUUGAAUACUCAAAAUUGCAGAUAGAAAUGUACCCUAACAUAUAGAAUGUACACACCUUGUAAAAUGAGUCAUAAAGAAUGUCAGAUCUAAGGAAUAUAUUUCUACCUGUGACAGCUUUCUCAUUACAGACACCAGCUACUUUAGUUAGAAUCUUGUCAGGCCAAAUUAAUAUUUUUUUUAUUGAUGUCAAAUUGUGUAAUAAACUACCCUUUGUCUGUUGAUUGAGCAAAUCUAUUUUUACUCAAAUUAAACUUUCCACUAUGUAAGA